AUGGCGACGGCGGGUUUGCCUACCCCUCCGGGCCCAGCCCCGAAUAGGACAUCCUCAAGAAUUGGGCAUCGUCGGGGUUAUAAGAAGUACGACACUGAAGACUAUUCCACUCGCACCUUGUUUCUCUUUCAAGACUGCUGGCUGGGACCCAGCAGGAAACGCCAGAGGAGGCAGGGUAGAAUGCGGUACGAACUAGACGAUGCGCCAUCCAUCAUCGUCAACUCGAGGAAGACCCUCAUGGUCGGCGACGCAAAGGCUGUGAUGGAGUUCUACGGCCGCAGUUUCACGGAAAUCCAGCAAGACGCUUGCAAAGAGGUGGCCAAGGCCUUUGUCAAAAUCCUUUGCCCUAAGAAGCGGAGGACCUUUCCAUAUGCGAAGGGCGACGCCGCGGCUCCGGAUUGGUGGCCCGACAGGGUUCGGCACGUCGAGCCCGACCAUUUGCGGAAGAAGGGUGCGUAUCCGGGUGAGGUGUAG